AUGACGUCUUCUCAAUCAUCUCCGAUUCCACCGUCCUCUGAUUCUUUUCAUCAUCAGUCUGAUCAUCAUGAGAAUCCCUAUUAUCUUCACAAAAAUAAUCAUGCUGGAUUAGUUCUUGUUACUGAUCUAUUGAAAACAGCUUCUGAUUUUCAUUCUUGGAGAAGAUCUGUCAAGAUGGCGUUGAAUGUGCGCAAUAAGCUAGGCUUCAUUGAUGGUACUAUUCCUAAGCUUUCUCUCACGCAUCGUGACUACGGAGCUUGGUAUCGUUGCAAUGAUAAUGUGGCUACUUGGCUGAUGAAUUCUGUAUCCAAGAAGAUAGGGCAGAGAUUGCUGUUUAUAUCUACUGUGGAAGGAAUCUGGAACAAUCUAAUCUUUCGAUUUAAGCAGGAUGAUGCUUCUCGCGUUUAUGAUAUUGAACAGAGAUUGAGUAAGAUUGAGCAAGACUCUAUGGAUUUAUCUUCGUACUAUACUGAAUUGGUUACUCUAUGGGAGGAACAUAGUAAUUUUGUGGAGCUUCCGGUUUGUACGUGUGGGAAGUGUGAGUGUGAUGCUGCGUCUUUGUGCGAGAAGUUACAGCAUAGGAGUCGAGUAACAAAGUUUCUGAUGGGUUUGAAAGAGUCAUAUGAGCAGACGCGGCGUCAUAUACUUAUGAUCAAGCCAAUUCCGACUAUUGAAGAAGCUUUCAAUAUUGUUACUCAAGAUGAGCAACAACGUUCUAUUCGUCCUGUAACUGCAGUUGUAAUGUGGCUUUCCAGGCUAUGA